UACCUCGUUCCGGCUCGAAGACGCGCUCAGUCUGAUAAAGUACGGCGAGUUGUAAACAACGUGUUCGCGCAACACGAUCGAUCGAGUAGUAAAAUAUAUUGUGAACAAAUAAUUUAAGUGUGAGAGAUUUACGGGUUUUACCCAAAAUGAUGCUAAUGCCAAGUGUUGUGAUUACGUUUACGUUAACAUUCGCCUGCCUUGCCACGCCCACUCUCGCCCAAUUCAAUCGCAACCGGCAAGUUCGUCAGAACUGCAUUACACCCGAGAACUACUAUGGCAGCUGCGUGGCCCUCAACUAUUGUCCCCAGGUGACGCAGGUCUUCCAGAUAACCGAUAGACGUACGGCCCAGAAUUAUGUGAUUUCCUUGCAGCGCAGUUGUGGCACACGCAACAUUGGCGGUGAUCCAGUGGUGUGCUGCACUAGACCGAUAACUACUCCGGUUACACAGCGACCCUCAAAUCCUUUCUUUCCACCAACUGAAGGUACAUUUGUGCAGCCGCAGCCCGUGCCCGUGCCGCGGCCAACAGAGGGUCCAACGCGUAAUCCCUUCCUGCAACCUGUGACCCAGAGACCCACAACAGCACCGAUAACCGCUGCUCCGGUAACUUCUGCUCCAAUUGUGGAGCAACGUGGUCCCAGUUGUCGUAUACCUCCCGGAAAGCUUGGCGAAUGCGUUGACAUCAAGAGCUGCCAGCCCAUACUGAGUGAACUUCUGGUUAAGAAAAAUGAUCCUGAGUUUGCCAAAUUUGUGCAAGCCUCGAAUUUAAUUUGCGGCCGAGUUGGCACCAAUGUCUGCUGUCCCACCGGCCAAACGGCGGCGACUCCUGCUCCGGUAAGGCCAGUGAACUACGAUACGAUACCACGUCGUCUGCCCACUGUAGAGGAGGGUUGCGGUUAUACCUUGACCAGCAACAAGAAGAUCGUUGGCGGCGUCGUGUCCAAGAAGGGCGCCUGGCCUUGGAUUGCUCUGCUCGGCUACGAUGAUGGCUCCUCUUCGCCGUUUAAGUGUGGUGGUACCUUGAUCACCGCCAGACACAUUGUCACAGCAGCUCAUUGCAUACGCGAAGAUCUCACCUUUGUUCGUCUGGGCGAGCAUGAUCUGAGCACGGAUGCGGAGGCUCGUCAUAUAGACAUCCCGGUAGUCAAGAAAGUGCCGCAUCCUGGUUAUAAUCGUCGCAAUGGUCGCAGUGAUAUCGCUAUUCUCUAUUUGGAGCGUAAUGUCGAAUUUACGGAGUUGAUUCUACCUGUUUGUAUGCCCAGCUCUCCCAGUCUGCGUUCCAAGUCCUAUGUGGGCACGUAUCCCUUUGUCGUAGGAUGGGGCAAGACACAGGAAGGUGGAGAGUCUGCCACCGUGCUGAAUGAGCUGAUGAUUCCCGUCAUGAGCAAUGAGGUGUGUCGGAACAGUUAUGCCAAGUUGAAUCGCAACUUCACCUUGGAUCAGUUCGAUAGCGCCGUAGUCUGUGCGGGCGUGCUCUCUGGCGGCAAGGAUACCUGCCAGGGUGACUCUGGAGGUCCACUGAUGACCUCCGAGGGUGUCAGCAGUCAAAUGAGAUUCUAUCUAAUUGGUGUUGUCGCAUAUGGUGUGGGUUGUGCCAGACCAGAGGUACCCGGAGUCUACACCAGCACACAGUACUUCAUGGACUGGAUAUUGGAGAAGGUGGAGGAUACGCCCUGAUCUCCAAGUUCUUUGCUGUAGCUUAACAUUUUUUAUCCUACUUGAAGUAAAUAAAAAUAACUCUGAAGGCGCUUCAAGCGCAAUUCAAAUAUUUA